UUCAGUAAGGAACACGCUCACAAAAACAGUUGAUGUUCGGCCCAACGGUGAGGAAAAAGGACAUCUGACGCUGCAGUUUAGAAAACAGUUUUUUAUCGGACUGUCAGUUUUCCAUUGAAGGCAAGGAAACAUAACGAUUGUAGAAUCUCCGUUUUUGUAACAGCGUGGAGGCGAACGUGAAAACACCAUGGCCUCCCGAAAGAAGGUCCUCUUGAAGGUGAUAAUCCUGGGUGACUCAGGAGUUGGGAAAACUUCUCUGAUGAACCAGUAUGUAAACAAGAAGUUCAGUAAUCAGUACAAAGCCACAAUCGGAGCAGAUUUCCUUACCAAAGAAGUGAUGGUGGAUGACAGACUUGUGACUAUGCAGAUCUGGGAUACAGCAGGCCAGGAGCGCUUCCAGUCCCUGGGCGUGGCGUUCUACCGCGGGGCUGACUGCUGUGUGCUGGUGUAUGAUGUUACUGCUCCGAACACGUUUAAGACUUUGGACAGCUGGCGAGAUGAGUUCCUGAUCCAAGCCAGCCCUCGUGACCCGGAAAACUUCCCAUUCGUGGUGUUGGGCAACAAAAUCGACCUGGAAAAUAGGCAGGUGACAACAAAACGCGCCCAGGCAUGGUGUCAAAGCAAAAAUAACAUCCCAUAUUUUGAGACCAGUGCCAAAGAAGCCAUCAAUGUGGACCAGGCCUUCCAGACCAUUGCACGAGACGCUCUCAAGCAGGAGUCGGAGGUGGAGACCUAUGAUUUCCCAGACCAGAUCAAGCUAAGGGACGACAGGCCCACUUCGUCCAGCGAUGGCUGCAGCUGCUGAGGGAGAAGAUGGGAUAGGAGACAGGAGAUGGGAGGGGUGGAGA